CAGUCACACAUCCAGUACACCUCGAUAUACAUCGAUCAACUUGCAAAACAGAAAUCCAAGACACUCAAAAUGAAAUUCAUCAUUGUUUUUGUCGCUCUCUUCGCCUUGGCUUUGGCCGCUCCCGCCGAUGUUGAAAUUGUUCGCAGUGAAUCGGAUGUGGGUCCUGAAUCUUUCCAAUAUGCUUUCGAAACCAGCGAUGGCACCAAGGCUGAAGCUCAAGGUCAAUUGAACAAUGCCGGUAGCGAACAAGAAGCUAUUGCUGUCCGUGGCUCUUUCUCCUUCGUUGCUGAUGAUGGUCAAACCUACACCGUCAACUAUGUUGCCGAUGAAAACGGUUUCCAACCCCAAGGUGCCCAUUUGCCCGUUGCCCCUGAAGCCUAAGAUGUCCAAUUGUUAUUUAAUUAUUUAAUAAAAAAAAUGUUU